AUGCUAGUGGACGCGACAGCAGGACAUGAAUUGAUGAGUUUCAUGGACGCAUACUCGGGAUACCAUCAAAUCCGGAUACACCCUGAUGAUGAGGAGAAGACGGCCUUCAUGACCAGCGUAGCGCUAUUUUGCUACAAAUAUAUGCCAUUUGGAUUGAAGAAUGCAGGAGCAACAUAUCAACGCCUGGUCAAUCGGAUGUUUGCAAGCUUGCUGGGCCAAACAAUGGAAGUCUACAUCGAUGACAUGUUGGUCAAGUCCAUCCACGCAAGGGACCACAUUGAUCAUUUGAGGGAGACAUUUGAGAUUCUUAGAAAAUACAAUAUGAAGCUAAAUCCUACUAAAUGUUCCUUUGGUGUCAAUGCAGGAAAGUUCCUAGGUUACAUGGUCACCCAGCGGGGAAUAGAGGCAAACCCGGCUCAAAUCGAGUCAAUCCAGGGAAUCCCUUCCCCCACCUGCAUGAAAGACGUCCAAAAACUAGCGGGGAGAAUAGCCGCUUUAAGCCGCUUUAUUUCAAGAUCGUCCGAAAAAUGCCACCUCUUCUUCAACACUUUGAGGAAAUCAAAAACGUUCGAGUGGACUGAGGAGUGCGAGGAAGCCCUAAAGCAACUCAAGCAGUACUUGACUAGCCCGCCACUACCAAAGAAUCACGAGACACUGUUGGUGUAUCUGGCCGUCUCUGAUACAGCCGUCAGCGCCGUGUUGGUCAGAGAGGAAGAGAGAAAGCAGUCACCAAUCUACUACGUGAGCAAGUCACUACUUGAUGCAGAGACCCGAUACAGCCAGCUAGAGAAGCUGGCCCUCGCACUGGUCCACGCAGCGAAAAAGUUACGUCCAUACUUCCAAUGUCAUCCGAUCGUAGUCGCCACGACGUACCCCCUAAAGGCCAUACUCCAUAAGCCGGAACUAUCCGGCCGAUUGACAAAGUGGGCAGUGGAAUUGAGUGAAUACGACAUCACAUAUAAACCACGGACCGCACUUAAAUCUCAGGUAUUAGCCGAUUUUGUUGUCGACUUUGCACCUAACCUUACUAUACAGGCCGACAAAGAGUUAUGCUGUCUGACGGAAGAACCAGACCAAACUGGAACUUGGAAACUAUAUGUUGAUGGAUCUAGCAACGUACGAGGGAGCGGACUUGGAAUCGUCCUCUCAUCACCACGGGGAGACAACAUUGAGCGGUCAAUCCGAUGUGAUUUCAAAACAACCAACAAUGAGGCUGAGUAUGAAGCCAUGAUAGCCGGACUCGGACUAGCUAAGGAAAUUGGGGUAAAACGCAUUAACGUAUUUAGUGACUCUCAACUUGUAGUUAAUCAGAUGCAGGGUACAUUUCAAGCCAAAGAUACGAAAAUGACGGCUUAUCUGGGCAAGACGAAAGAGCUCCAAUCAUGCUUUGAAGUAUUCACCAUCAACCAAGUGCCGAGGAGGGAGAAUGGUCACGCUGAUGCCUUGGCCAACCUAGGGUCAGCAAUUCAGACUGCACAACCUAAGACCAUAACUAUCACUUGCCUUCAAUAUCCAGCAAUACGAAGAGAUGAGGCCGAGGAACACGUGACUGCAGUAUCAGUCGGACAAACAUGGAUGACCCCAAUAAUGGAAUAUCUCGAAAGAGAUAUACUCCCAGAUGAUCGGAAUGACGCACGUCGAAUUAAAGCUCAGGCCGCACGGUUCUGUAUCAUCCGAGGUAAACUGUAUAAACGUUCAUUUACUGGUCCAUAUUUGAAAUGCAUUAACCCUGUAGAAGCAAGAUACGUCUUGUCCGAAUUACACGAAGGUGAAUGUGGCAACCACUCGGGAGGCAGAAGCCUCGCUCACCGCGCCUUAACCAAUAGUUACUACUGGCCAACAAUAAAGGCAGAUGCAGCUGAUUACGCCAAAAAAUGCGAUAAGUGCCAACAAUUCACCCAAAUAUCACAUCUGCCCCCGGAACCCCUGACUGCUAUCACUUCGCCAUGGCCAUUCAUGAAAUGGGGGAUGGACAUUGUAGGCAAAUUGCCCAUGGCGCCUGGACAGAAGGUAUACAUGUUGGCAGUGACCGAUUAUUUUAGCAAAUGGAUAGAGGCAGAGUCUUUCCACCAAGUUCGCGACAAAGAAGUCAAGGGGUUCAUAUGGAAGAACGUGAUCUGCCGGUAUGGGGUGCCCAAGGAGAUCGUCACGGACAACGGGUCCCAAUUUAUAAGCGCAGACUUUCAAGAUUUUUGCAGGUUUUGGAACAUCAAGCAAAGCUUCUCAACGCCAAGGUAUCCCCAAGCCAACGGGCAAGCAGAAUCUUCCAACAAAACCAUCAUGAACACCUUGAAGAAACGACUAGAGAAGGCCAAAGGCAAAUGGGCAGAUGAGUUACCAGGCGUGCUAUGGUCCUACCGAACAACUACAAGAGCAUCAACAGGGGAAACACCAUUCUCCCUCGCCUAUGGAAUGGAGGCAGUAAUCCCAACAGAAAGCGAAGUACCCACUGCCAGACAUGAGCUCACGACAGACGACGGGAAUCAAGAGGCCAUGUGCCACGAGUUAGAUCUCCUCGACGAGAAACGAAACAAAGUGAAUAUCAGACUAGCUUCCUACCAACAAAGCAUCGUUAGACACUACAACAAACAUAUCCACACUCGCACAUUUAAGCCGGGCGAUUGGGUGUUGCGAAAAGUGUUCCAGAACACCAAGGAAACAAGUGCGGGUAAAUUAGCCCCUAACUGGGAAGGACCAUAUCUGAUCACCAAAGUGGUUGGACGUGGAGCAUACAAGUUGCGAUCGACAGACGGACGUGAAAUCAACAACAGUUGGAACGCCCUACAUCUCAAGCAGUACCACGCUUGA